GGUUUUACUGCAGGUUUCCUCGGAGAUCUACAUGCGCACACACGGAGACAUUAGUUUUCGAGUGUUUUUUUCCACAAGAGAACAUCAACAACAAAUACAGGAAAUAAUUUGAAAGACUGCACUUCUGAGAUUCAGGUUUCAGAAUGCCACGUAAGAAGUCUUAUCUUCGCUCUCAAGCGGCUAAGAAAAGGAUGGCAGAGCAGCUGGCUGUUCCUGUGCGUCCUCUCCGCCCCAAGGAAAAACCCAUCACACGGCAUGGCACUGGAUUUCGUCAUGCUGUGUCCAACUGGAGAAAAUCAGCCUACACUGGGAAAAGUCAUAAAUUGGUCCUCCCUCCUGAUUGCCGGGAAAAGAAAUUUGUACUCAUUGUUGGAGACUCCCACCUGCGACACUUUGUUGAUGGACAUGUGCCAUUGCCAGAGGGUUGCCUGUCCUUUGGAAUCAGUUCCACACCGGGCGCGACUGCAUCAGAGCUUGAGAAGGAGAUUGUAAACAUUCAGCUGGAUCGGACUCCUUCUCUUGUGGUGCUCAUCGCUCCCUCCAACAACCUGACAGCUAGUAGAACAGUGACUGAGGCUGCAGCGGACUUUGGUCGAUAUGUUGCUACAGUUGCAAGCCGCUGGACCAAGGUCUGUGUCUUGGACUUUCCACGUCGCCUGACGGUUGACCUGGAAGUACAGAACCAUUUGAGUCAAGAGUAUCACCGUGUUGCAGCAAGACUGGGUGUCAAGUACUUUUCUGUGGCUGAGUUCUUCCCGAUGGACAACCUGGAUCUAUGGGCUAGAGAUGGCGUCCAUCUGAGUGACAGUGACGGAAUGAAGAUCCUUGGUGACCUGCUUUGGAAUGUGUCAUUCCAAGAAGUUUCUGAGAUUCUGCCACCUCCCAGCCCACCUCUGGAGUCUGUGAGGUCUUCCCAGCCUGUUAGAAAGGUCACACCUAGGUUGGUGGUAACAGGCCCAACCCCUCUGCCAGUGCCACCUCCUUCUGAGUGGACAGUUGUUGGACAGGGCAAGAAGAAACGAACGGGAAGUCCUAUUCUCUCCCCUGGGGAUACGAAGAGGAGUGUACUUCAACAACAUCAGGUGGAGCCUGUUUUCUCCAUCCCCCUGACAUCUGCUUGCUUUAGUCCAGAGAUUUUGAAGCAGAUGGACAAGGAAUUUCCAUCAGAUCUUGACUCUGUUGAGUACACUGCCAGCUUUCCUGCUGGAAAGAAGGUGCCCCGUGAGAGACGGCAGAAAGCUGUUGCCUGCAAAAAGAGCCUGCCAGAGCAGCAGGAGGAGGCAGCAGCCAGUAUUGUGGAGGUGAACGCCGGAUCAUCUACCAGUUCUCCACCUGAGAUGGUGCCAGGCCAGGUGGAUGUAGAGGUUGUGGGGGAGACGUGUGCACCGCCUACCAGUUCUGUGGUGUUCCUGGACACUGUGGAGGAUAAGAUGAAGAUGAUGAGAGGUCCACGUCAGCGCACCCAAAGAGCAGCCAAACGCCGUGCGGAUCAUGGGUGUAUUUGUUGUGAAAAGGUUUCUGUAGUGGAUGGAAAGGGUGAUGCGGUUGACUUAUUAUUCGGUGUAGAUCAGACACAAUUAGAUAAGACUAUAGAGGGUGAUUCUGAUAGUGUAGCUAGUCUCCCACAUAACAUUCGUGGUUCAUUUCACCAGGGUAGUCUUUUGAUGGCAAACCCAGGUGUCCAGUGUAUGGCAAAUGCAUUGUUAGCCAUUGGAAAAAAUAAAAUGCACAGUGUAUUUUUAUGGCAUCAGGAGGAUUUAGACAAAACUCUAAGGUUGGGAGAUGCUUUGUACAGUAGUCUUAGAGCAAAGGGUAAGAUUACUCCAGGGUCAGAAUUGUUAAUUGUCCCAAAUCUACCAAGAAAAUGGGACAUUGAUGGUGUGACGUUGAAGUUUCAUUAUGGUGACUGUGUUUCUGGGGUGGUCGAUGUCAAUACUGGAGAGCUCAUAGACAGUGGUGUUCUUGUUAGUUUAGAAACUGGGCUGAACAGAAUGUUGGAGCAUUAUACAACACUUUUAUUUACACUGUGUGGUAAUACAUGUGCAAUUAUUUCUGAAACUGGUAAGUAUGCCGUGGUUGAUUCUCAUGCAAGGGGCCCAACAGGUUUGGUAGAUUCUCAGGGCACCAGUGUUGUUGUUUAUUUUCGCUCUAUUAGGCAAUUGGUUACCCACUUUAAGCGUUUAUUUGGAAAACGUGGUUCCACAAACAAGUCUUUUGAGAUUACUGGAGUUAAUGUUGAUAGUGAUUCACAGAGUGGACCAGUGGAACAUGCAACGUUCUCUGAGAUAAAGCUCACUCGAGGAACAAAAGUAAGUGAUAAUGAGGCUGACGUUGUGUGUGUUGGUGUAGAAGUAAAUAAUAUGCAUUAUAGUCCACUUACUCAAGAGAUUUGUAAAGUUUUGUGUAAUAGUGUAAAUGUAGAGUUUGAAAAGUUUAAUGCAACAGCACCGAGUACCAGUUUUCCACUAGGAGUGCCUUGUUUAAAAGAAUCAAUAGCAUUUGACGGUAACUGCUAUUUCCGGGCCAUUUCACAGGCCAUUAGUGGUACACAAAAAAAUCAUCGCAAAAUUAGACUCGCUGUUGUUAAACAGUUAGAAAGAAAUUACUUAAAAUACCAAAGCUUUUUACGUGAUGGUUUUUCUUCGGUGCAAAAUUAUAUCUCUGAGACAAAAAUGCGUAAUGUAAAUAGCUGGGCAACUGAACUAGAAAUCCAGGUCACAGCUGAUUACUUCGGUAUAGAUGUAUUUACUUUUUUAAGUGACCGCUGGGUUAAAUAUAGUUGUAGUACCAAGCUUUUGUCUACACAGGCCAUCUAUUUACAAAAUCAUGGAAAUCAUUAUGAAACAGUCAUUUGUGUUAAAGAACCUAAUAGUCAAAAUUGUUAUUGUUUUUGUAAAAGCAGUGAGUGUCACGCAUCAGGUUACAACAUUAGAUCUAAAAUUCAAUCACAACAUCUGGAUGACUCAUUAACAAGAGUAACAACAAGUAAAAUAAGACGGUCUAAAUAUCUAGACACAAAGAUAAAAGUACAAAAAAAAGUGAAAUACCAGGAAGAUGGUGUUUUCAAUGAAAUAUGUCAACAAAAAAAUAGAUUGAAUUUUAAAUAUAAAUAUCAACAGCAAAAAGAGUAUAAAUUAAUGUGCAUAAAGAAGAGUAAGGAAAAAUAUCAAAAUGAUUUGGCACAUAAAGAAACAGUGAAAAUAAUGAGCAAAGAAAAAUAUAGAACCAAUUGCUCACAUAGAGAAAAACUGAAAGCAUUAAUCAGAGACAAAUAUAAAAAAAACGACUCUUAUAAAGAGAAAAUGAAAAGAGAAAAAUAUCAAAAAAACGACUCUUAUAAAGAGAAAAUUAAAGCAUUAAUCAGAGACAAAUAUAAAAAAAACGACUCUUAUAAAGAGAAAAUGAAAGCAUUAAUCAGAGACAAAUAUAAAAAAAACGACUCUUAUAAAGAGAAAAUGAAAGCAUUAAUCAGAGACAAAUAUAAAAAAAACGACUCUUAUAAAGAGAAAAUGAAAGCAUUAAGUAUAGAAAAAAAUUGUAAAAAUGACUCGCAUAAACAAAAAAUGAAAGCUUUAAUGAGACAGAAAUAUCAAAACAAUGAGUCUUAUAAAGAAAGAAAGAAAGCAGUAAGUAAAGAAAAAUAUCAAACUAGUGAUUCGCACAGGCAAAACAUUAAAGAACACAAUGUAAAACAAUAUAAAAAUAUAAGUUUCAGGGCAAAAGUUAAAGAAUUUAAAAAAACGAAAUAUCAUAAAAACCGCGAAUACAGAAAGGACAUAUGUGAAAAAGGGAAACUGAGAAGGACCCAAUUCAAAAAUGAAUUGAAGAACUUUGAAGUUGUAAUGAGGCACUUUCUAGAAAAAGUGGAAACUGGAACGGAAUUUGUUUGUUGUGUGUGUUAUAGGCUUUUUUUCAAGAAGCAAGUGUUGAAAUGUAAUAAAGACUGUUACAGAGGUAGACAGGAAACCUCAGAGAUGGCAGAUAAAUGUAUUAGUGAUAAAUACUUACAUAAAUGUAAUAUGGAAUGCAAUAUGCCAUGUGAAAUAUUAGCUACAGCAAGAGGGGAGCUGUGGAUUUGUUACUCUUGUCAUUAUAAGAUUAAAAAAGCUCACAUGCCCCCUGAAUGUUAUAUUAACAAUUUGGAAUUAGAUGAUAUCCCAGAAGAUUUGAGGUGCUUAAAUAGUUUAGAGCAACAUUUGAUUGCACCCCAUAUUGCAUUUAUGAAACUUCUUGCUUUACCCAAAGGUGGUCAAAAUGGUGUACAUGGUCCAAUUACAUGCGUGCCUGCAAAUGUGGCACAAACAACAAAUUUGCUGCCACGUUUGGACAUGGAUGGUUCUUUGUUGCGUGUUAAGUUAAAACGAAAGUUAACUUAUAAAGGGUAUUACAAAUAUCAGUUUGUAGAUUCGAACCAAAUAAAGCAAGCACUUCGGUAUUUAAAAAGGGUAAAUAAAUAUUUUAAGGACAUAAAUUUUAAUGAAGCAUGGUUAAAUGAAUUUGUUAAAGAACAAGGAGAAGAUGACAUAUUUAACCAAGAAACAAUUGCAAAUAAAGAUCAAAAUGUUGAUGGAGAUUUAAAUGAGAAAACGGAGGAAAACGAUGAAGAUGCUCCUGAAACUGCAGGCGUUGAUGAGCUUCUUCAUGACCGUCAGCAACACUGCAUGUUUCAAGACACUUGUUUAAUGCCUGUUGAUAUAGGCCAGGAAGUGUUGGACCAGUAUUUCGAAGACGUUUUAAACUUGGCACCAGCGGAGGGAAAUAACCCAAUUAAGUUGCUCUCUGAUAAAGAAAAUGAAGCCAAAUGCUUUCCAGUGUUAUUUCCAAAGGGUCGUAACACUUAUCAUGAGAGGAGGCCGCAUUAUUUAACAUUGUCGCGAUAUUUUAAUAAUAGAAUAAUGCAUGCUGAUGGCAGAUUUGCCCAAAAUUUAGAAUACAUAUUUUUUGCACAAUAUAUGUCUGAAGUUCAACAAGUCAUUUCAAAUGUUUCAAUAGCUCUUAGAAAAGGCCAAACAAAUAAUGUAUUUCAUAAACAGUGUGAUAAACAGUUCAAGACUAAAGAGUCUUUAAAGAACCUGCUGGAGUUUGAUGAUGGCUAUCGUUUUCUUAAACCUAUCAGAGGUACUCCAGCAUUUUGGCAGACUGCUCAAAGCAACUUGCUUGCAAUGGUUCGCCAAUUAUCUGUUCCCACAUGGUUUUGUUCUUUCAGUUCUGCUGAUUUGCGCUGGCAAAAUUUAUUAAAGGUAAUUUUAAUACAGGAAGGCAGAAGACAGACAGUUGAGGACUUGGAGUGGUCUGAACGUUGUGAGCUUCUGCGUCAGAAUCCUGUUACCGCUGCCAGAAUGUUUGAUUACCGCUGGCAUGUUUUUUUGAAGGAAGUACUAAUA